GCGGAGAGACCUACAGCCGAGUCAACAAGACGACGAACCCAUCCCCAGCGCAGGAAGAGGACAAGCAGGCGUGGUCAGCAAAAGGGCACGUGGCCUCGCGCUUGGGGACGGAAAAGAGGUCGUGUGACGUCAGCUGGGAAGGUCGAGCGCAUGUUGGAGGUAACGGUCAAGGGGCUUCUCACCCCAGGUGACCCUUACACUAGAUUAUACAACCGCUGGCGGGUGCCGUCUGACGGCCGAAGAGUGAGUAGGGCCUCUGUAUUGGCAGGGCGGUUGCACAAGCGGCGGAGUUAUCAACGGGUAACUUAUGGCAUAGCGCAGGGUGUAGAAGGUAUCUUGCGCUGCCAGAAGCCGCUGCGUUACAGAAGGCGAUUUGUGGACUCAGUUUUAGAAGACAAUAGGUCCGAAGCAGUCGGGAGUUCGGCAAGAGCCGAAGGCAUGGAGGAAAGCGUGACAGGAGACCGGGAAGGAGGAGUCAAUCAGCUGUCGCGGCAGUAUAGAGGAGGUGGUGGUCAGCUGAUACCGGUGUCAGUGAAUGGCGGCAAGGAACACAGCGGUCAAAACACAGUGGACCGAAGGCAAGACACGGUCGACUGGCUACUAGAGACAGCCGCGGGCAACAGCAGGCAGCUUGUGUCAGUGAAGCGGAUCGCUAGUCCUGAUGAUGAAAGGGUUAGGUUACAAAAGAGAGCUCAGUCGCCAAGGUGCCAACUCAGGUGUGGUGAUCUUGAAACUCUGGUCAGAGGACAAGAUUAGUAAGUUCACGGGUGCAGUGCAGUGGGCACUGGUGUCGUGUAGCAUAGCAAGGGAGGCACGUAGCCUCAAGCUGGUAGUUGGUCAGCUGGUGUGCAGUUGUCUUAGAGGUAGUUGUUGGUGGCUGUUGUUUAUAUUCCACACCGGCCAUGCGGAUGAAUGGCCACGUAGGUGCUUGCUUUUGUGGCAAGGACCAGGCCAUGCUUGUGUUGCACAAAGGGAAACGGAGACACGCUGUUGACCCCCUUACCUUCUGUGCACGAUGUUAGGUGGUGGAUGACGUCAUGGGCAGUAAGGACACUGUUCCUAGACGGCGGCUACACUCUAGCGAGGGGGUGUGGCCGGAAGAGAGGUGUACGGAAUUGGCUGCUGCGUUAGUCGAUGCAGUAGUUGUUAGCCACCAUGAUAGGGUUAUGAUCACACCUCUUGCCAGGGUAAGUGCAGAGAGUGCACUUUUAGCAAGGGGGUGUGUGAGGCGGCGUUGGGGUGGCCAACAUUGUUGUGUUAUUGUUUACAUAGGUAGGUGAAGGAACGACGAUGACGUAACGGGUCGACCUCUGUAAGUCAACCCUGCUAAGGACAGGCUUAGCAAAGGAGUGCAAGGGUGCAUGUUUAAGUACGUUGAACCAUGGGUUAGUGACUAGUAGUUUGUGAGAAGACAGUUUGACGAGUUUCCUUCACGAUAGUGACUUCAUCGGAGGUCAAGCAAGGUGUUGGUAAACAGAAGUGCGAACCACUCUACAGCCCUAGUGUUACGAAAUCCAGGGGAUUUCAUUUUAGCAAGGGGGUGUCAUGUGAUAACUAGUAUAGGGCUAUAGUGUUGGUGUCUCACUUCUGUCCCCUCCAUGAAACAGGCAGUCGCGCUGGUAAGCAGACUGUCAGGAGGUUGAAUGGGUAACUGUAAGUGGUGUUUGCGAGACGGGUAGCCGGCCUUUGGCGGCACUGGACCGUCGGUGGACAAAGGGCCAGGAAGUCACCACUCUCCCCUGGGAUCAGUAGGCCGUGACCGCGGACCGCUUACAUCAUGACGGACAUAGACCAAGGUCAGAUUGGAAUGCGGGAUGGUAGUGUCGGUACGGGGGAUCUCUCAGAGAGCAUUGUCAGCCUACGCCCGUUAAUUAUAGAAGUCCGCGGUACACCUGGGACAUGACAACAGCGCUGGACACAGGGUGAAUAGGAAGCCAGACUGGACGGCGCCGGAGUCACCGAUCGCAUGGCUAGUGAGAGGGGGUAAAGAGGGGGUGUAGUUUUGGGCUGGAAUAAGCCAAAGUGACCACCUGUCUAUCAUGCGUUAGCUAUGUAUGAUUGGUUGUAGCUAGGUAGCAGAAUGGUUGAAGGUAAGACUGAGAGUAUGUUGACCAAUCACGAGAGAGGAUGAUCCUCGCAGAUGAGGAUUUAGUAGGGUGAUCGGUCAAGCCUCGUGGUCUUUCGCACCA